CCGGUAAAUUAUAGUUGAUUGUGUAGUAUGAGGAAGAGGCAAAUAGGGCAUUCCAUUUCAUAUAAAAGGAGCCAGCCAUGAGAAACAACAGCAAGACAUUGUUUUGGAUCUGCAUCAUCGAGAAACACUUUGGGCACUUGUAUCAUGAGUCUUGCAGCUCUCAUUUGCCUGCAGGGGCUCCUUUUUUCAAUGUUCUCUCUGGGAUCAACAGUGUCAUCUAUUGUUGGAUCAACAACAUCCAGUUCUUCGAUAAUUGCCAACAGACAAGGUCCUACAGAGGGUAGAGUAUAUCUGAAUCUCAACAACGGGGCCCAAACCAGCGGUACAGUGUACAGCUGGACAUACUGCUACUCUGCAGAUGGUGACCCACCUCCAUAUGAACUAGUCAUUGCUAUGUACCGACCCCAACCAAAUGGAACCUAUCAACUGAUUCCAGGGAGCUACCAAGAGUUGAGAAUUACCACUCGCCUUGGCUCCACUUUCGACUGCAGAGACAUAGACCUGGAAACAUCUGACUUUUUCAAGGUCCAACCAAACGAUGUUGUUGGUGUCUGUGAACCAUUCAAUUCUAGACGUGUUGAGAUAUUCUUCUCAGCUCCUGGCAGCUUUCUAAGCUGGAAUGCAGGCAGCUGUAGCGAGGAUAGGAUAUCCUCUUCUCGUAGUAGCCUGGCUGAAUCUCAGAGAAUCUUUCUCCUGCGAGCAUCUAUUAAUGUGAAUGAGUGUGCAGAAGGGACUCAUACUUGUCAUGAGAAUGCACAAUGUACAGAUGUGGUAGGAGGGUUCACUUGUGAGUGCUCAACUGGAUUCACUGGAGAUGGAUUCGUCUGCCAGGAUAUUGAUGAGUGUUCCAGUGAUUACAGCCCAUGUCAUGAACAGGCCACUUGCUCUAAUGAAGUAGGGAAUUUCAGCUGUGAGUGCAACACUGGGUUUACAGGGGAUGGAUUCCACUGUGAAGGGACAGGAGCUCAGACACAGUCUGGUACCAGUGCUGUGAGACUAAUGAUCGUGUUGAUAACGGCUGGUGCCUCAUCUGUUGUGACAUUUUUUGUUAGUGUCAUGGCCACACUGAGCUGUGUCAAGCUGUGGCAGAUGAAGAAGAGACAUGAGCUGAGUGAACCCGUUGCUCCUGCUAGUGGAGGAGAUGACAUCAUAUCCAAGCCAUGUUUGGCAUAUGGUUCUUUUGGUACAGAGAAAGAAGCCAAAGAUGGUCAAAAUGAAGGGUACUAUUCUUAUGCAGACUAAAAUUAGAUUUGGUAUAAUUAUGUUAUAGCCGUAAACAAGAAAUCUCGCGCGCACGCGCACCUCGCAUGGCGGCGCAGCACGCAGAGAGCUACUUCAGGUUGCAAUAAAUACUGAGAAGAAUUUGGUAUCUCCCUAGAAACUCUCAUACACCUAUUGUCCUCAAUACGGCAAGGAUUUCUUAUGUACACAAUAUUAUCAUGUAUCGUUACUCGAAGUUCAUCUCUGGUUGUCUCGACAGUGAGUGUUUUUUUGUUAACUUUAU